AUGUAUAUCCGUCAAUGGACAGCCAUUCUCAGCCUCCCGGUAUGGCUGCAAAUAUCUUGUGUCCAUGCGUUUCUGGGCGGUGACGGGGAUCACCCAUAUGACAGCGACAUGCUGAAACAGCAGGAAUCCCUCCUCGGUCUCUGUCCAGACUACACCAACUAUGCCCGCCACAUCCACAAACCUCUCAGCGAUGGACCUCUACAACUCCCCUACCAAAGACCUCACCCGAGCUGCCGCAAGUUCUCGUCGCCCGCGGUGGAGCAAGUCAUCAGCGACCUCUACCCGCGGUUCAAAGAUCCCGACCUUGCGCAGAUCUUCCAGAACGCGUUCCCCAACACCCUCGACACGACGGUGCUGUGGCACGUCGACGGAGAAAAGAGACAUGCUCCCCCGCCUCGAUUGCUGCGGGACAAGGACAGAUGGCAAGGCGCUCACUCGUUCAUCGUGACGGGGGACAUCAACGCCGAGUGGCUGAGAGACUCUACGAACCAACUGGCCCAGUAUCAACUGCUCGCCAAAUCGGCCCCUGACAUCUCGAACCUCAUCCUGGGCGCAAUCAAUACCCAGGCCGAAUUCGUGAUAUCUGCACCUUAUUGCAACGCAUUCCAACCCCCGGACCCGUCUCGUCUGGCUCCAGUGCAUUCAGGGCAAGACGACAUGGUCCACCCGGCCUACGAACCCGCGGUGGUGUUUGAAUGUAAAUACGAACUCGACAGUCUCGCGGCGUUCCUGAAGCUGACCAACGAAUACCACACGUCCACGGGCUCUGUGGCCUUUCUGACGACUCGAUGGUUUAAGGCGCUCGAUGCCCUCUUGCGGGUUCUGGACGCGCAGGCACAGCCGACCUUCAACUCCAAAACAGGGCGGUACGAGCGCAAUGAAUACACAUUCAGCCGCUGGACGCGCAUCGGCACCGAGACACUCAACCUGGAGGGAACAGGAAACCCCUUGGCCGACGGCACGGGUCUGAUUCGCUCUGCCUUCCGGCCCUCCGACGAUGCCACGAUCUUCGGCUUUCUCAUCCCCGCCAACGCGAUGAUGUCGGUCGAGCUGUCCAGGGCGGCGAAGAUGCUGAAAUCCGCCAGCGCGGCUUCUACACGAGAAUCACAGGCCAUGCAGAUGAUCCAGGUCGCGGACGACCUCGCCGAGCGUGCCGAGACCCUCAAGAAGGGGAUCUACAAGCACGCCGUGGUCACGCACCCGGAAUUCGGACAGGUGUUCGCCUACGAGGUCGACGGUUACGGAUCCCACCUGCUCAUGGACGACGCCAACAUCCCGUCCCUCCUCUCCCUCCCGCUCCUCGGUUUUGUGGAUGCCGCCGACCCCAUCUACCGGAAUACCCGGCGCAUGAUCCUCACCCAGCGCGGGAACCCGUACUACCUCUCGGGCCCGAAAUUCCAGGGCAUUGGGGGCCCGCAUAUCGGCCUGCGCAACGCGUGGCCCAUGUCCGUGCUCGUGCAGGCCAUGACGGCGACCUCUGACGACGACGACAACGACGCUGAGAUCCUCGCGUGUCUCGACGCCGUGAAGAACGUGAGCGUCUUCGGCCUGAUCAACGAGUCUGUCGACGUCCACCGGGGCGCCAAGCGCGGCGGCGGGAGCGGCGAGGGCAUGACGCGCAGCUGGUUCGCCUGGGCCAACAGCGUCUUCGCCCAGGCCGUGCUGUGGCUCGCCGAGCACAAGGCGGGUCUGGUCCUGAAGGAUAGCGACGAUGGCAGGCCGCCCAAGGGGUACCGUGUCGGCGUCGGCUGGGUGGAAUACUCUGUGUGA